AUGAGAAUGGAUUCAGUUUCCAAUUAUGACGUAGUGAAGGAAAAAAUCAAGGAAAAGCUGGAGAAUUUACGAGAUUGCCCUAUACGUGAAGAGGGACCUCUUAUUUAUCACCUUGAUGUUGCAGCGAUGUAUCCAAAUAUCAUCUUAACAAAUAGGCUUUUGCCACCAUCAAUAGUUACGAAUGAAAUUUGCCCCGCAUGUGAUUUCAACCGCCCGGGAAAAACGUGUCUUCGAAAACUUGAAUGGGUUUGGCGUGGGGUGACAUUCAUGGCAAAGAAAAGUGAUUAUUACCAUUUGAAGAAGCAGAUUGAGUCCGAAUUAAUUUAUUGA